GUCAGCGCGCGGUGCGCGCGGCGGUCUGCGUCCAGCGGCCCCGCGGCCAUGCCCAAACGGGGCUGCCCGUUCGCGGACGCUGCCCCCCUGCAACUCAAGGUCCGCGUGGGCCCGAAGGAGCUGAGCCGCGGAGUGUUCGCCGAACGCUACUCGCGCGAGGUCUUCGAGAAGACCAAGCAGCUCCUUUUCCGCGGGGCCCAGGCCUGCAGGGACCAUGUAUGGGUCGAAGGCUGUGCCGUUGUUCACCUGCCAGAGUCCCCGAAGCCCGGCCCCACAGGGGUCCCUCGAACCACGAGGGGACAGAUGCUGAUCGGACCUGAUGGCCGACUAAUCAGGAGCUGUGCCCAAGCCUCUGAAGCUGACUUAUCUGGGGCAGUGCCAAUUGCCUGCUCCUCAUGUGUGCGAGCUGUGGACGGGAAGGCGGUAUGCAGUCAGUGCGAGCGGGCCCUGUGUGGUCAGUGUGUGCGCACCUGCUGGGGCUGUGGUGCUGUGGCCUGCACCCUGUGUGGCCUCGUGGACUACAGUGAUGUUUGUGAGAAGGCGCUGUGCACCAGCUGCGCUAUGUUCGAAGUCUGAGAUGGCCAUGGAUGGCAGCCUCUCCUGGAUGGCACACCGGGUGUUCGUGCUGAAGAGGGCAAGAGUGGCUUUUAUACAUUAUGUUUUGUACCCUGAUGUCAGAAAUGAGUAAACCUCUUUAUAUUUGCAUAUGAGGACUCAAGUCUCUGUUAACCCUCCUUAGGGUAAAGUAUGGGGCCUGCCUCGGGCUAGAGCCUGUCACCUGGGAAGGUGACAGUAUUGGAGCCAGAAGAGCAGGCCUGGUUGCAGCACCUACCAUCUGCUCAGCAUGCAUGGGAAGUCUCUGUUCAUCAUCCCACCUGACAGACAAGAAAGCCCACCCCUGAGUGUUCCUUUACAGCCUUGCCCAGGAGUUGGACUAUCACCUGUGUGCUAGGCCACCUCUCAUUCUGAAGUGCCACUAUCACAUGCCUGGCCUUUUGAUACCUGCAGAGCUGGGGUCCCAGGUGACUUAACAGGAGCUCUGGUGUUAUGGUGGGGGUGGAGGUGUCUGGUGGUGCUGGAAGAUAACAAUCCUUGCCUCAUUUUGAGGGAUGUACUUUGUGUAGAGCCUUGGGAGAGGUGCAGACAGAAGGGGUGAGGCAGCCUACUGGGCCAGAGCCAGACAUCUGGCCAGUCCCUACACAUGCAUCCCUGAGGGGCCAACUUGGGUGAGGUGGGUCCCAGUCCUCUGGGGUGACUCUAACAGAGAUGUAGGGGCUGUUGGCAAGGUGGCCUUGUGCCUGGGGAAAGCCUGCACUGCUAGAGACAGUGGGAUGCACCAACCAGUUUUGAGGGGCAAGUAGUGCUGGUUCUUGAAGGAAAACCGGUGGUCUGGGGACAGUGGCCUAGAGCUGUGCCCAGAGUGGGUUUUAUGGCCGGGCUGAGAUGCUGCAGGCAGUGCAGGGUAGAGAAAGGGCCCAUAGAGAGGUCAUCAGCCAGCAAAGCUGCCAAGAAUGGGAUUUUAUAUACCGCCUGGGGUGUUCUCUGGACCAGGAACUCUGGACCAUCUCAAAUGGCUGCAGUGCUGUAGCUGACUGCCUGCCACUGUGUGCCAAAAGCUCCAGAAGCAAGGGUUUAGCCAUGUGCUGGCUGUCCUUGUUCAGGCUCACCUGGCUUCCCAAGGAGGAUCCAAAGCCUCCUUCCAGUG